AUGUUUGAAUCUGAUUUCAUAAGUAAUGUUAGUGACGAUGAGGUAGCUUUGUCAGUAGAAGAAAGACAGUUUAUUGAAAUUGUUAGUAAUGGUAUUAAGAUUAUUGAUGGUAAACAGUUUAAAAUUCCAUUGCCACUCAAAGGAGGUGAUAUUCAGUUCCCAGAUAUAAAUGGUGACAUUGUUCAAUAUAGGAUGACUGUUCAUCUAUUUGGUGCUAGAAGCUCUCCAUCUGUUGCAAACUAUGCUUUGAAAGCUGCUGCUGAUAGAUUUAAGGAUAAAACUACUGAAAAGGCAGCAGAGUUCAUUAAAGAAGACUUUUAUGUGGAUGAUGGCUUAAAGUCUGUAGCUACAGUGGAGGAAGCCAUAAACUUAGCCAAAGACAGUCAGAUGAUAUGUAAAAGGGGUGGUUUCCAUUUGCACAAAUUUGUUGCCAAUAAUGCUGAAGUUUUAAAGGCUAUGUGUUCUGAUGAAGUUGCUCAAUCAGUUAAGAAUCUUGAUUUAACGAAAGAUAAAUUGCCAGUGGAACGAACAUUAGGUAUGGAGUGGUGUACUGAAACAGAUACAUUUAAUUUUAAUGUCAAACCCAUUCAAAAGUCUAGUACUAGAAGGAAUGUUUUAUCCAUUGUUAGCUCUAUUUUUGAUCCUCUAGGCAUGAUAUCACCAUUCAUUCUUACAGGUAAGAAAGUUUUGCAAACCCUAUGUAAACAAGACCUUGGCUGGGAUGAUCCUAUUCCUGAAACUGUUAUUACUGAAUGGGAAAACUGGUUAAGUCAAUUACCCAAAUUGAAAGAUAUUAAAGUUGAGAGAUGUUAUAAACCAGCCAACAUGAAUGUCAUAGACUAUGAAUUGCAUCAUUUUUCUGAUGCUAGUGAGAAGGGUUAUGGUCAAUGCUCAUACUUAAGAAUGACAGAUGCAAAUGGACAAGUACAUACUAGGUUAGUUAUGGCUAAAUCAAGAGUGUCUCCCUUGAAAACGUUUACUAUACCUAGGUUAGAACUCACUGCUGCAUUAGCAUCAGUGAAGGUGAGUUAUUUCUUAAAAAAGGAGUUGAAGGUCAAUAUUAGUAAAGAAGUAUUUUGGGUUGAUAGUACAAUUGUUCUUGGAUACAUAGCUAAUCAAUGUAAACAGUUUAAGGUUUUUGUCGCAAACAGAGUUGCGCAAAUCAGAAAUCACACCUUACCUGAACAAUGGAGAUACGUUUCCUCAAGUGAUAAUCCUGCUGAUUUAUGUUCAAGAGGCAUGUCUGUUCAUGAUCUGACUAGUAACUAUAUGUGGUGGCAUGGACCUGAAUUCUUAAAACAUGAUAAUGCUGAUCAUGAAACUGUAUGUUCAUUUGAAGUUGCAGAUGAAGAUCCAGAAUUAAAGAAAGUGUCAUUGGCAAUUAACACUGAUGAUAAUAAUUAUGCUACCAUACUUACCAGACUUAAUUACUUCUCAGAUUGGACACGUGCCAGAAGGUCAUUAGCUUUAUGUAAUAGGUUUAUUGAUAAAUUGAAACAGAAAUCAUUAUAUACUGAGUAUGUUCAUGUGUCUGUAGAAGAGCUAAUCAAGGCAGGAAUUACCAUUAUAAAAUUAGUCCAAAGAGAAGCUUUUCAAUAUGAAUAUCAGUUGUUAAGUAUAAGCAAUAACAAAUUUGAUAAAUGUUUAAGGAAAUCUAGCAAUUUGUACAAGCUUGAUCCAUUUAUUGGUAGUGAUGGCUUAAUAAGAGUGGGUGGAGAUUUGUUUGUAGACGAGGCCAUUGCGCACAACUGCGUUCAGAUCAAGGUAGUAACUUUAUUGGUGCAAGAGAAGAGUUUGCAAAGUGCCUCCGAGAAAUGA